AUGAAAAAUCCAAAUGGUAACAUUUUAAAAGAUAAUUUGCUUUAAUAAAUUUAAGAAUACUAUGAUUAUUAAGAGAAAAAUAACUUUGUAUCACUUGAAAAUAAAUUUGGUAUAUUCUAAAAUAAAUUUAGGUUUAGGAUUAUAUCAAGGAAAUAAACUUUUAAACACUUUUGAAAUUUUAGAUACUGAAAUUAUAUAUUAAUCAGAUCAUUAAAUAUUUUUUAAAAUGUUUAAACAAGGUAUUAGAAUUAAAAUUUUUAAGAGAUUGAAUUAUUAAUUAAUUAAAGAUAUGAAUAAGCACAUAUUAUUUUGGAAUAAAGAAUAAUUAAAAUUAAGAAAUUACUCUCUUAUAGUUAAUAUUUUAAAAGUAUAUCAUAAUUCUAUUAAGGCCUUUCAUUAAGAGAAUUAAAUAAACCAGGUGAAGGAACUUAAUUGA